CCAACCUAUAAUUCUGACAAAAGGUCCUCUCGCAAUUGACUUUUUGCACGUGGGCUUUUGGCCCUAAUGCAAGACACGCCCAUGUGGAAGCCCUGCUUGCUUGCCGACAGGGCGACCUCCGUUGCUAACUAAUAGGAGAGCGUGAAAGAUCUAAAGAAAGUGUUUAGAUAAGGUUUGGUCAGUGCCGGUCUUGAAGAAAUCUUUGUGAGGGAUAGAAUACGGGAACUAUCAUGUUCAUGCUUGGACUUGCAACGUCCGAGCACCUUACGAAACCGGGAUGUAAGGGUCCAUGUUUAGCUCCGAUGAGUUCAUCCGAUAUUCCAGUGUCAUGCACUUCUGUAAUAGCCAUCGGAGAUCAAGUCUUACGGCAUGACCGCUCCAGGCGUUGAAUUUGCCAUGUCCGGGCACGCCGAGUUAGUAGAAAAUUGACAAUGGACGUCGUACAGCAACCGGAGCUGAGGCUGUAAAACGCUGAUGUUGGGUAACAUUCCCGCCGCCGUAGAUUCGACCGCCAUCAAAACCUCAACGCCAUCUACAAUACACCCGUCGUACCCCCUAACUACGAAUACCCAACUACCAUCUCCAUCGCUACAACCCAACUAUCCCGGCGCGCACACCUCAACUCUUUCCCCUCCACCACCCGCAGCGCUUUCUCCCGCGUCCGCGUCCGCGCCCGGCUUUGGCCGUUCGCCGCGCACGGCACACGAUAACCCUCCAGUGUCGCUCUUGCAAUCACCCUUUCGAACCCGCGGCGCGGUUGCGGCAUCCAACUCUCCCCUCAACCGCCAAUACACCCAGUUCCAUUCCCCUCAUCGUCAAUUACCUGCUCGUCUUUGGAAUCCGACCAACUCCACCCCGAGGCUUCCACCUACUCCUACUGCAGCAACUCGGAGGAGACGCCAGUCAUCGCCUCCGCCGCCCGCGAUCCCUCUCUCGCUUCCCUCGCCCCACCUCGAUUUUGAUCCAUCAUAUCCAACAGCUACCGGCGCCGGCGAUCAGCCAUUGUUGACCGUACCCGAGAACCAACAACAGGCACGCCAUUCCGCCAUCAGUGCUCGAGCCAGUCUCCAGCUUGAGCGUAGUACAGGCAGUGGGCAACGUUCCCCUCUGCCGCGCACACUUCGACAUUCCCUUGAAGGGAAACGAGCUAGCAUAACGCCUUCGCCUGUUGAACGAGUGGAGGAAACCGACGCAGGAUCCUCUCGCAUCCGCGCUAUCCAAGAAAUUCCGGAAUCGAACACUUCUGGACGAAGGACUCGGGGCCAAAGUAUAUCAAGCACCAAGAGUCGGGUACCAGUUGGACUGAGCUUCGACCACGGGAAGAAACGUUUGGACAAAGGGAAAGGGAAAGAAGGCAUGGCUCCAACGGAAAAUGAGCAGGAUGGGGGGGAUAGGGCCGGAUUUUCUCCCGACUUGGAACGAGGACCUGAUGUGAUGGACGCCCGGCAGUCAAUAGGAUCACGGAUAUCCGGCAUUGGUUCUGCCAUUUCCUCGGACGAUUCUGACAUUUUGGGGGAUCCUGACCAACAACCAGACGCUGGCGACGAAUGGGGACCUCAGCACGCUUGCUACCCGCACCUCAACCCUCACGUCCCCCUGGACUCUCCGGAAUACAUCAACACGCGAAUCAUUCGAGUCCGUCGGGACUGGCUUUUGGAGGGUGAUCUUGCCCCUACCUUCUCGAACCUGUACCCGGAAAUCUUGGAGCCGGCAGGGUUAUCAGAGCAAGAGUUCCGGCGCGUGAUCCAAAAGCUGAACUCGGAGCUUGUGCCGAUAUUUAGUCCAUACAACUGGCGCAACAUCUUGGACGGCGUUUUAGGUCUUGCGACAGGCUGGCUAUGGGAAGACUUUGGGUUUACAGGCGUCAAGGGACGGCUGCAGAAAGUCGAGAAGUGGAUUGAGCAGUGGAACAAGGAGAUGGAGAAGACGGUGGGUAGUGAGGAUGGCACGAUACCCCCCAAAAUUGUGCCGCUCAAGAGGACCGGUUACAUGACAUUGGACAUCCAAAUACCUGAUCCCGAGAUUGCCCCCGCGCCACCUACACCAGGUGCAUCUCGUGGGACUGACGGGGCUAUACAGGUUGAGCCGACCGAACCCCCGCAACAUCCACCAGCAGUUACUGUUUUAUGAGCGACUCCCAUCUCGAUCUAGGCGUUGAACCUUUUCCCGCCUACUCGUCAGGGCUACAACAACGCCGCUGACGGGUAGUGAAUAUUCCUUCAUACGCCCCUUAUUUUUUUGCUCUUCUAUACGAGCCACCUCAAGCUCUUCACUAAUUGGCUACGGGGGAUGUUGGGAGUAUCGAUACGACUGGUGGCUUUUGUCGAGUACACAUACGCCUUACGAAGUUUCCUACUUGAGGCUGCUCUUCCAUUUGCACACUUUUGAUACCAUUAUACCACACUGUUCAUUAGCAUCGGCGUUGUUUGGUUACAGAGCGCAAUUUUUUACGGAUAAUUUAAUAUAGAAGAUAAUUCAAGUACCAACUAUGAGACCUUGCAACUUGACCGGAAUUUGAUAUGAUAAUCAGUU